CUAGCAUAUAUGAUGUUGUGUUUGGGUUCUGUUGGAUUGGUUCUGUUGGCUCUGACUGUGCAGAAUGGACAUGGAGCCCCAGACAGUGCUGGGUGGAAUGGAAAAGACACCACUGAGAGGAACUAUUACACCAGGUACCACAAUAUGGCAGAGAUCAGUGACUGGAUGGAAAAGAUGAAGAGGGAGAACCCAGAUGUUGUCUCAUCCAUGGUCUACGGUCAAACCUAUGAGGAGAGGAACAUCACCUUACUGAAGAUUGGUUUGAAUUCCACAAAGAGGAAGAAGGCUAUCUGGAUGGACUGUGGGAUUCAUGCCAGAGAGUGGAUCGCUCCUGCUUUCUGCCAGUACUUUGUUAAAGAGAUCCUGCAAAGGUACAAAACCGACACCAAAGUAAAGGAGAUGAUGAAAAACCUGGAUUUCUAUGUCACUCCGGUGCUAAACGUUGACGGCUAUAUCUACUCUUGGUUAAAUAACAGUACUAGACUGUGGAGGAAGUCCAGAUCUCCAGGACCAGUUGGAUGUACCUGUUAUGGAACAGAUCUCAAUCGCAACUUCUACGCUAACUGGGGCACGGUUGGUGUCUCCACAAACUGCUGUGCAGAGACCUACUGCGGCACCAAGGCUCUCUCGGAGCCCGAGGCCCGGGCCGUGACCGACAUGUUGGGGAAGAUGAGUGGAGACAUCCUGGCUUUCUUAACCAUCCACUCCUACAGCCAGUUGAUCCUUGUGCCCUACGGACACCCAAACAUCUCAGCACCCAACUACAAUGAGCUGAUGGAGGUGGGUCUGGGAGCAGCCAAGGCUAUAAAGGCUGUCCAUGGAAUGGACUAUACUGUUGGUACCUCGCCUGAUAUACUGUACCCAAACUCGGGCUCAUCUCGUGACUACGCCAGGCUGAUUGGCAUCCCGUUGUCAUUCACCUUUGAGCUGAGGGACAAGGGCGAGUACGGCUUCAAACUCCCUGAGGACCAGAUCCAACCAGCAUGUGAGGAGGCCUACGCCGGAGUCCAACACAUCAUCACCUACGCACAUGACAAAGCCUUCUACAGCUCUGCUGCCACAGUCACAACAACUCUGUGGACCACAGUGAUGACAGCCUGGGUCUUUAGUGCCACCUUGCUGUAA